UGCAGAUUACUUUAUAACCCAGAUUGAGGGAGUGGAGAGGGAUUUCUCUGGCAGUAUUCAGGGGUGGAAGACAGGUACCUGUAAAACGCGACAAUGCCGGGGGUGAUAAAUAUGGACGAGUUGACAGACCUGGAUAAGGCUAAAAUGGAAAGAGACCAAAAGAAGAUUGAAGUCAAGCUUGAGAGAUGGAUGAUGUCUAAGUGCUGUACUGAGUUUAUGGAGGCCGUUCAGGCCGGUGUAGAAGAGGACACCCUGGUCAAAGGAAUUGCAGAAGACAAGAACCCAUUCAAGGAGUUGAAAGGCGGAUGUGUCGUCUGCUGAAGAGGACAGGAGUCAGAACAGACAGCAGAGCUUUUCUUUCACCGAUUAGACCCUCUAGUGCCCAAGGAUAUUCCCCCUUCCUUUGAAACAUAGCUGGAUCACCAAUAGCCAACCGAGAGGAGAUGGUAAAAAAAACAAAACAGAUGUACAUAAAUCUAAACCUCAUGAACCCAUGUAAAUGAAUCCUUCUAGAUUGUGCUCCCUCCUUGGUGUGAUGCAGUAAAUAAGGGUUGUUUUUGGAAUGAUUGUCAGAGCUUUGUUGGAUGGUUUAUAUUGUCAGUAAAGAGCUUGUCUUCCAUAAGUCUGUCUAUAGUCUGAGUGUGUACCAUCUGUUUCAUUAUUGGACAAAACCACAGUCAUUAAAUGAGCUUGUUUACAAC